CUUCCCGCGUCCCCUGCCCCAGGCGGUCGCCAGCGCAGUCCCCGGCAGCGCCGGCCGAGGCGGCGGGAGAAGCGCAAUCCCCGUGUCCAGCAGGGCAGCACACGGUCACCCGCGCAGAGGACCUGGCCCCAGACCCACGCCGGUCGCCCGUGUGUGUCUGCGCGCCCACACCCCCUUCGCCGCGCGCAACUCCCACGCCCCGGGCCCGCUGCCUGCCGGGCGCCGGAUCCGCCUCCGGGGCUGGACCCAGAGGGUCCUCGGCUGAGUCCCUAGGGCUGCAGCCCCCGCCCUCCCUCCUCCCCGCCCUCCCCCGCCCGCGCUCCUCCCGGUCGCCGCGGCUCCUCCUCCAGAGCUCCCCGCGAGCCGGCGGCGGCGCGGAGCAGGUGCUGACGAAGCCCGCGCAUGCCGCUGCCCGGCCCAAGGCGGUAGCGGCGCCGGGCGCUCCGCCCGCCCCCUCCUCCGGGCCUCACUCGGUCUCCGGCGCGCACGGGGACAUGUCGGUGGUGACGGGCAGCAGUGAGGCGGCCGGUGGGGCCGCCGGCGGCGGCGGCGCGCGGGUUUUCUUCCAGAGCCCCCGGGGCGGCGCCGGCGGCAGCCCAGGCUCGAGCAGCGGUUCGGGCUCCUCCCGGGAGGACUCGGCGCCCGUGGCCACGGCGUCCGCUGCCGGGCACGUUCAGCAGCAGCAGCGGCGCCACCAGCAGGGAAAAGUGACAGUGAAAUACGAUCGCAAAGAGCUUCGGAAGCGGCUCGUGCUAGAGGAGUGGAUCGUGGAGCAGCUGGGACAGCUUUACGGCUGCGAGGAAGAAGAAAUGCCGGAUGUGGAAAUUGACAUUGACGAUCUUCUUGAUGCAGACAGUGAAGAAGAGAGAGCUUUAAAAUUACGGGAAGCUCUCGUAGACUGCUACAAACCAACAGAGGAAUUUAUCAAGGAGCUGCUCUCCCGGAUAAGAGGCAUGAGGAAACUGAGCCCCCCACAGAAGAAGACUGUAUAAUUCCGGACGAGGUGGAGCUCUCCUGGAGACCCAAGAAGGGAUUUCGACUUCACGAAGACUUUUAUUAAAGAAUAGUUGUCCUUAUGAGCAACUUUUUUGGGGGUAGGGAGGGGUGGUAUCUAUUCGACAUUUAUUCAGGAAUGUUACUUUUGUUGUUGUUGUUUUUAAAGGUUUUGAUGGUGUAAUAUUUUAAUAGCAAAGACAUCACCACUCUGGUUUCAGCCCAACCAGGGAUUGACAAACCAGGCAGACACGCAGGGCUGGGCUGGGCCAGGCAUCUUCUUGGAGAAACCAGAUGUUUAGGACCUAACUAUACAGGGAUGAUGGUUUUCUUAGACUUUUUUCUGAAGUUGUACAUUUGACUCAGAAGUUGAAUUUCUCGUGCUUGUAUAUAUCUUCAGGCAACUAAGUUAACAUGUUGAUGUGAGUUUUAUUUCACAUUGAUGGAAUACACUUGUGGUCGUCCUUUCAUUGGAGGUCACGGCACGUAUGUUUUCACGAGGCCACUAGGUAUUCUUCGCGUGAGUGCUGGAGACCUACAACAUUCACUUUAUGCACCAAAGUGAAAGAAUUCAGUGUAUCCGUUAUUUUAAUGAGCUACACUACAACAAUGUGGAGUUGGUCAAGGGCUUAAUUUAUGGACUUUGUAUCAUUUUGUUAAUCGGAUGCUUUGCCAGGUUAUGUACUUAUUGCCUCCUUUGUGGUAUUAUUCGAGUUUGCUGAACCCUUUCUUUGAAUGUUUAUUCAGAUUUCUAGAGAAAUGCCCACGCUACCUGAGUGGUGUUUUGCAGUGGAACGAGGAAGCGCCGUGUAGCAAUUCAUCCUCUGCUUUCAACCAAAUACUAGGUAUUACUCUCUCUCCAUGAAAGCAGGUCAUAAGGAAGUGAGCAGAUUAAGUUUCUUCCUCCUUAGAAGUAGUUCUGGUCACUUGGGUGCCCGGGCAGCAUCAGACCAGGGUGAGGUGAGCUGAGUGAUGAGCAGGUGUAACAGAGAGAAAGCCUCACCUCCUCUCAAGAAGGUGGACACAGGAGCAUUUGCUGGUUUGGAAGCGUGGUGGAGAUUUCAUUUCUGGCUUCUCUCAGUGGCGUGUGGUGAGGACUCUGGCCCUAAUUGUGCACCCUGAUCCCUUUGCUUGGAGCGGAGCCUGGGAUGCCUACCCUGCCCCUCUCAGUUCUAUACCAGAUCCUUGGAGAAGGAUCAAAAUGCAGAUGGCUGUGGGCGGGGUCAAAGGUCAGAGGAGAAACUCUUGCUUUCCUCCAGGAGGUCCCCACUGCCUCCCCACAGAAACCCCCCAUACUGUAAGGUGUCUCUAGGUGACCCUGUCAGAGGACAGGGGUCAGGCAUUUUAUAUCAAGGGUGCUCUGAACAUAUUUUAUUUUUUAAAAGAACUAUGUUUGUGAAUUUUAUGUACACUGGCAAGCUUUUGAAAAUGUAUUUAAUUUUGUAAUGUUUACCAAUGAUUUAUUUACAAGCUAUUUACGCAAAUAAAUGAAGCUGCUUACAA